AUGACGAAGCAAGUCGUUUUCUCUGAGGAGGCCAACCCCCCUCUUCCCAUCUACUCUCAGGCUAUCAUCUCGGGGAAGACCAUCUAUGUGUCUGGUAGCAUUGGUAUCACCCGGGACAUGAAGCUCGUUGAGGGCGGCGUUCAGGCACAAACGCGUGUUGCUUUGGACAACAUGACAAAGGUUCUCAAGGGCGCUGGUGUUGAUCGCACUGCGGUUGUGAAGUGCAAUGUCUUCCUGGCGGACCUUCCGCGCGAUUUCGCGCCGAUGAACGAGGUCUACCUGGAGUACUUCCCCGUCGAUCCCCCUGCUCGCACCUGCAUCGGUGUGGCCGCCCUCCCCCUCGGCGCCGACAUGGAGAUUGAGUGCAUUGCUGAGCUCCCCUAA